UUUAUUUAUUUUUACAUUUUACUAUAUUUUCUUACUAUAUUUUUAUUUUGUUUAUAUGUCUCCACUUAAGGCAAACCACUUCAUAAUAAUGUUUAUUAAACCAUUAACAGAUAUUAUUAGAUAGUGCUUUGGAAUAUCUUGAUUCUGUGGUCAGAUAUUCUUGUGUAAUGUCAACUAAAUGUUCAGUUUCUCUCUAAAUUGCUUCAGGCAACCAAUGUUCAUAUCUCAACUAGCAUCAUAUAACUGCAUGUUCUCUUUCUGUUCACAUAAUAAAAUAAGUUGAACUAAAAAUCAAUAUUUCAUAUUGCUUUAUCACAUUUCAUUCAUUUAUUUGGCAGGUAGCCAUGUAAUAAGUGGAAUAAUGUACAGUCAGCCUGUCAUUUUCACAAAGGAAACCCUGUUUUAGAGAUCCAAGACCCCUCUUGUAUGUCCAGCUAUAUUAAUAAAGUCUAUAGUUUUGUAUCAUGCAAGUAAAUGAAUGAUGCACCCGUUCAGCUGCAUCUAAACAUACAUUAUGGCUGGGUCAUCAUUGUGCAUUAUUGCUAGAGAGAUGGAGAGGGAAGAGGGAGUGUCUGAGUCUGGAGAUCAGACUCUUUCGGUGCUCCAUAAGAAACAUAUAGGCUGAAGCGGACCAUGACGCACUAGUCCGUGGAGACCAAAGCCGCAGGAGGUUUCCUUGCACUUGAUGUUGCUAUAGAGGAUGAGGAUGUGGAGGAAAUUCUAACUUAGUGACUUUUAUUUACAUUUUUAUGAUUCGUAGUGCCAGAAUUACUGUAUGGUUUACAUUUGUGGUUUGUUUAUAGCUUAACGCAUCAGGAAUUCAGAAUUGUUUUCCGGGAGUGGACUCUGGAGACUUUCAGAACUUGUUGCUGCGAUCAAAGAAACAUUGAUCGAACGAGAUGAGUUGCUUUUCCUAAAAUCGUUCGGUUGAAAUUUAGCAUGACCUCUUGACCUUUGUUAAAUCGCAUAGCUAAUCGCAGUUAGCACUCGAUGCAAUGGCUAUUCAGGGAAUGGAGCUGUUUGCAGUUGCUGUAGUGAUUCUUCUCUUUAUAAUGGUCCUCAAACAGUUUGGCAUCAUGGAGCCGCUGUCGCUGGACGACAGCACUGACAGUGAUCUGGAGUUGGCCAUGGUGCGGCAUCAGCCAGAGGGCCUGGAGCAGCUCCAGGCUCAGACCAAGUUCACUAGGAAGGAGCUGCAGUCGCUAUACAGAGGCUUUAAAAAUGAGUGUCCCAGUGGAUUGGUGGAUGAGGAGACGUUUAAAUCGAUUUAUUCUCAGUUCUUCCCUCAAGGAGAUGCAACCACAUAUGCACACUUCCUUUUCAAUGCUUUUGACAUGGACCGAAACGGCUCUAUACGUUUUGAGGACUUUGUAAUUGGCCUGUCUGUUCUGCUUCGAGGUUCUGUGACAGAGAAACUGAGGUGGGCCUUUAACCUGUACGAUAUUAAUAAAGAUGGCUACAUCACCAAAGAGGAAAUGCUGGCUAUCAUGAAAUCCAUCUAUGACAUGAUGGGCAGGUACACCUUUCCUUCUGUAAAAGAUGAUGCUGCAUUUGAACACGUGGAGAAAUUCUUCCAGAAAAUGGACCGAAACAGAGACGGUGUUGUAACCAUUGAUGAGUUCAUAGAGACCUGUCAGAAGGACGAGAACAUUAUGAGCUCCAUGCAGCUGUUUGAGAAUGUCAUCUAGAGCGCAGCAUGAAGUGCAGAAUGAUCCUGGCUCUUUUUCCACAUCGACUCUCAGCAUCGUUCCAUUAGUCCUCAAGCGCUCCGCAGGGACUCUCUAGAAACACUUGUGUUUUGUACCUAGGCCUUGCACAUCAUCUGUAGCAUGUGAAUGAAUAUUUUGAUUGAUUGCAUUGAACGCUUUAACAACAGGAUGUGGGCCGUCUGCGUGUCUCAGUUUAAUCUUCAGCAUACAAGACAGGUUGUAAAUGCUCAUUUGUAUAUAUGUAGAUAUAUCUGUGCUCCUAAAUUGGGUAAUUCAGCCUAGGUAAAUGAAUUUUUGCAUGUUUGCCUGCUAUUUGUCUGUUAUUUUAUACAAAGAAAUAAAGGCAUCUGUGAAUGA